CACACACGCACACACACCGAGAGAGCGAGGGACACGAUCUUCGCCUCACGAUGUCCUCCUCGCUUGCCGCUUCCCAAUGGCCGCCACGUCGAGGCGGCGGCGGGGGGAGGAGGGAGCGGAGAUUUUCUGGUUCCGGUCGCUCGCUCCACCUCAUCCGUCUCCUCGCUCCACCUCAUCCGUCUCCUCGCUCCACCUCAUCCGUCUCCCCGCUCCACCUCAUCCGUCUCCCCGCUCCACCUCAUCCGUCUCCCCGCUCCACCUCAUCCGUCUCCUCGCUCCACCUCAUCCGUCUCCCCGCUCCACCUCAUCCGUCUCCUCGCUCCACCUCAUCCGUCUCCUCGCUCCACCUCAUCCGUCUCCUCGCCCCACCUCAUCCGUCUCCUCGCUCCACCUCAUCCGUCUCCUCGCCCCACCUCAUCCGUCUCCUCGCUCCACCUCAUCCGUCUCCCCGCUCCACCUCAUCCGUCUCCUCGCUCCACCUCAUCCGUCUCCUCGCCCCACCUCAUCCGUCUCCUCGCUCCACCUCAUCCGUCUCCCCGCCCCACCUCAUCCGUCUCCUCGCUCCACCUCAUCCGUCUCCCCGCUCCACCUCAUCCGUCUCCUCGCUCCACCUCAUCCGUCUCCCCGCUCCACCUCAUCCGUCUCCCCGCUCCACCUCAUCCGUCUCCCCGCUCCACCUCAUCCGUCUCCCCGCUCCACCUCAUCCGUCUCCUCGCUCCACCUCAUCCGUCUCCACGCCCCACCUCAUCCGUCUCCUCGCUCCACCUCAUCCGUCUCCCCGCUCCACCUCAUCCGUCUCCUCGCUCCACCUCAUCCGUCUCCUCGCUCCUGCCUCAUCCGUCUCCUCGCUCCACCUCAUCCGUCUCCUCCUCCUCCUGCCUCCCUCCUCCUUCCUCCUCCUCGUCCUUCGUCGUCCCCGGCGCGGACAGCCGGCCCGUGCAGUCGACCUUGCAGUAGUACUAGUUGUUGUUGUGUUUGUUGUUGUGGUGGUGGUGGUGAAGACGUCGGCACCGUCAUGGUGGUCGCCGGUAGCGGCGACAGCAGCAGCGGCGGCAGCGGCAUGAAGCCGGGCGCCGGAGAGAAAGGCCCCGGGGAGGCCGGGGAGCCGGGCGCCUCGCCGGCCAAGCGCGCGGCGGCGGCGGCGGCGGCCCGUCGCAAGCAGUUCUACGUCAACCGCGCCGUGCGCAACUCCGACCUCGUGCGUCAGGGCAAGGGGCGCCAGCGCCUGCGCCGGCAGGAGAACGCUCACUACCUCGUGAACCUCGUGGACAAGAUGGGCCCCUGCGGCGCGGAGGACGCGGACGAGAGCGACGCGAGGCCCAACUCCAUCUUCUCCGAGGUCCUCACCAAGGAGGACUACAUCCAGAUUUGGAACGACUUCAUGAACCGGCCCGGGGAGGAGCAGGAGCGGCUCCUGCGGGGACUCGACGGGGAGGAGACGGUGGGGAGCAAACUCGGCCCGCACGGCGCCACCCACGGGCCGCUGCCGUACAGCCCCAGGGAGUGCUACGAGCGGAUCGACAAGCACAUCCGCCUUACGCUUCGCAAGAAGCGUCUUCCCCUGGGUACGCUGGAGUUCCUGGAGGAGAAUGUGACCACGUUCUUCUGCUCGUGCCCAGAGGCUGUGUACCUGGCCAUGCUUGAGAACAGCUUUGAGCGAAUGCUACUUCACGGCCUGUGCCAGUACAUGGACCUCGCCUCCUCCAGCUGCAAUCGUGAUGGGCGCCGUGCGACGCGCGUGGUGAACAAGCACCGGGUGUUCGAGCCUCCCGGCCUGGCCCUCUCCGCCUUCCUCGGCCUGCACGCCUAGAGCGGACGCCAGCCCCGUCGCUCGCGCGCCAGGGCCAACCGCACGCACGCCCCACCGCCCGCCACCGCCCGCCACGGACUUCGAUUUUGCCGCAAACGUUGCCCGUCGAGAGUUUUUGCGCGCGUAACUUUCGACCCGGCGUUCGCGCGGCCGGGCACCGAAGCCCUCCGCUCGGUCGCGGGCCGUCCGCGAACGCCUGUCCCCAGUUUGAUUCCCCCGGUCUCGUCAGCGGCCACCGAAGGUACCGAUUCGCGAGCCGCCGCCGCUGCUCGCAUGCCCGGCAUUCCCCUUUUAAAGAAACGCAAUUCUCGUCGGGACGGGGCGGCUGUGUAAUUUUAGUAUCGAGUCCCGUGCCUUCCGCACGGCCUCGAGGCACCCCGUUAACUUUGUGCCGGAGCUCAGGCCCCAACUUAACCCCGUCCGAACUCGCCACCACGCACGUACGUACACACGUACGUACGUACGUACAUACGUACGUACGUACACGCAUACGUACGUAUGUACGUACGUACGCGCGUCUCUCUUUGCCCGUUUUAACAAAACUGUGCCGGCCGUUGCCGAGCAUCGGCGAUGUCGCCACGGCAAACGCGGGCAUCGUGGGAAGAGAGAGAGAGACGCGAGGCGCGACUUGAUCGACGCGGGCCGCCCCGUCCACUUCGAGUGGAGAGAACGCCAGUGCCGAGCAUGGCACGCGUUUUGACGGUCUCCCAUGCUGGUCUCCCAUCUCCUCAAAGGCGCUCUACGUGAACGCGCGGAGAGGGAGCCACACAAAGGGCCUGGGGCGAUUUCCGCCUCGGCGUAAAGCGUUCAGCCCCGGCUGACCCUGCGGGAGGUCCCUCGGAGCUGCGGAAGGGUGGCGGUUACGAGGCGGUGCGCGUGUGUGGCGUGGUUUGCUGGUGCGUGUGCGUCUGUGUGUGUCUGUGUGUGUGUACGUCUGUGUGUGUACGUCUGUGUGUGUUUAUGUCUGUGUGCGUCUGCGUCUUUGUACGUGUGUGUGCGUGCAUCUGUUUGCACGUGUUCGUGCGUGUGUGCGUGUGUGCGUGUACGUCUUUGCCUCUGGUCCCACGUCGCCCACGCCGUGCGUGUCGCCACGCGCGGCGCUCUGCGCGUAUUUAUCGCCUCGUUUUACCUUCACGAAUGUAAUCAUCGCGUUGCAUGUAUUUAUGAUUGUUACGUGGAUUUUAUUGGUUUUUAGCUUGCGUCGGUUAUCGGUAGGGUGGGGGAGCGGCAGGGGCGGUUCAUGAAGGCUUGUGGGGAG